AUACAUUUUUAUUCUUCCUUUUCAGAUCUUCUGGGUCCUUAGCAAUGAUGAAAUGUCCACGAAAUUAUCAGCUAUUAUUACGAUUAUUCUUAUGUGUGUAUGUCGUUGGCACCUUCAUUGCUGGUAUACAGUUUCUGGUUAACAGAGUAUCUUACAUGACGCCACGUGUGCGACACAUGUUGGGAAUCUACCAACCGAAUCCACAGAAUGGUACGUUUUUGAAACGAGGCCCUUUUAGGGUUUUGCCACAAGCUAUCAUAAUGAAGCUGUAUUCUUCCAACAGAGAAAUGUUUCUAGAAAAAGGCAUAAGACAAAUGUUGAAUUUUACCAUGAAAGCAGUAUCAGUAAACACAACUAUAAGUGGUUCAAAGAGGACGUCUUUCAGUCGCUUCCAUUUAAACAUUUCUGAGGACGAGUACUACAAACCACGACAAUAUGUGGUUAACCGCCAUCAGUACACUUUCUUGCGGAAUGGUAGUCAUAUCUGUGAACAUACAGCCCACAGUGUGAUCAUCGUUAUCUUUUCUACACCAACUCAUCAAAAACUGCGUCAAGCUAUUCGCAACACUUGGGCAGGAGCCAUAAGUAAUGGUAACUGGAUGGGUAGCUCUUUGGGAAGUAGGGCUGCAAAAGUGGUGUUUUUGUUUGGCAAGUGUGUAAGUCAUUCCCUGGAACAAAUAUUAGAUUAUGAAGAAAGACGGUACAACGAUAUCAUACAGGUGGACGUCUUAGAAACUUACAAAAACAUGACUAGAAAGUCACUAGCGGCGCUUCUCUGGGUUUUCACAUUCUGCAAGUCAUCCAGCUAUUACCUAAAAACGGAUGAUGACGUAUUUGUCCACAUGACUCGACUUCUCGCAUUUGUUAAGAGUCUUCCGAAAGAAAGCACCAUAUACGGACGCUGGAACACACGCAUGAGAGUCGUUAGGCAGAAAUCUAAAUGGCACGUUUCUUUCGAGGAAUACCCUUUCAGACAAUAUCCAAGUUACACAUCAGGCGGUGGAUACGUGAUGCCGGUUAGUCUAGCACGGGUUCUGUUCAACCAGUCGCACUACUUCCCACAUAUUCCAAUAGAAGACGUCUUUAUCACGGGCGUCCUCAGACGAAGUCUGGGCUUCAGGAUUGGAAAGAUGCCCUGCAAGAUCGAACGACGGACUCGGAACCACAGCGCCAGAUGUGACAUGGCCAAGAAUACCAAACUGACACUUAUCCAUGCGUGUGAUCCUAACACCAUGGUCCUUGUCUGGGACGAACUGGCCAAAAAUGGAUCCAAUUGCCCCCAGAAUAUAUUUCUUUAUAAACAAGGACAACUAAUUAAAGAUCUGAAUUGAGCUUCAUAAUUAACGUUUAUAAAUAUGUUCUGACUUAUGUAUGUAAAUA